AUGCAUUUGGGAAACUUCAGCAACGAAGAUGAAAGACUCCUCGAUUCGGAUAUGCCCCACCGUCUUUUCGAUCGGACCGUUCAUGGUAUUGCGCAAAGUAUCACUAGUGCCGCGAGAACUCUGGGACCAAUUGUCGGUGGAUGGGGAUUGGGACUUGGUUUGAAGUAUAACAUUGUCGGUGCAGUAUGGUGGGGACUGGCGGGAGAAGCAUUACUGGGCUGGGGUGCUACUAUGGACAGUCUAUGA